AUGUCCUCGAUGUUCGGCAAACCCCGAGCCGGCGGCGAGCGGCCGCCCCAGAGCCCCCUCGCCGAGUGCAACGUGGCCAUCCUGGGGUGCCGAGGGGCCGGCAAGUCAGAGGACACCUACGCCUCGGAGGAGCUGGUGGACCAGCAGCCCGUGCUGCUGAAGGUGAUGGACACCGCCGACCAGGAUGGCCCCGGGAACUGCGAGCGCUACCUGCGCUGGGCCAGCGCCUUCCUCGUCGUCUACAGCAUUGAUGAUAGGAAGAGUUUCGAGGGCUGCCAGCGCUACCUGGAUGUCCUCGCCCUGCACGUGAGGGGCUGCCAGCGCCGCUGCCCCGUGCUCCUGCUGGGCAACAAGCUGGACAUGGAGCAGUACAGGCAGGUGCCCGCAGCCGAAGGGAUGUCGCUGGCGAGCAGGUUUGGGUGCCUCUUCUACGAGGUGUCGGCGUGCCAGGACUUCGCGGGGGUGCAGCACGUCUUCCACGAAGCCGUGCGGGAGGUGCGGCGCCAGGCGGAGCGGAGCCUGCCUGUCCGGCCACUCUUCAUCACUGAGGAGCGUCCCUGCCCGCCGGUGGCCACGCCGGUGGCCCUGCCCACUCGCCACGGCUUGGCCAGCUGCACCUUCAACACCCUCUCCACCGUCAACUACAAGGAGAUCCCCUCGGUGGCCCAGGCCAAGCUGGUCACCGUCAAGUCCUCGCGGGCUCAGAGCAAGAGGAAAGCUCCCACGCUCACCUUGCUGAAAGGCUUCAAGAUAUUUUAGGACGCGUCCCUGCGGGCUGUGGAGGAGGUGGCAGCGAGAGACCCCCGUCCCCCCGGCUUCGCAAGGUCCGAGACCAUCCGUGACGGACUCACGGGCACCGCAGCAGCCGCUGGUGGACCGUGGCCCCGGUCUCCGCGCCGCGGCGAAGCCUGCGGUGGCAAUUUGGCGAGCAGACGGGGUGCCGAGAGUCCGAAAUCGGCUGUGGCAUCACUCUGCCUGCCCCCACCCCAGCUCUCGUCCCUCCCUGGCCGGGCGCUGCCGCGGUGCUUGCACCCUGUCGUGCCACCGGCACUGGGGGCCAGCCCGGUUUUCCGUGUGGAUCCGGGCAGUUCCCGGAGCAGUCGGAGCCGCGGGCACCACCGGGUGGGCGAGGGCCGUCCCCAGGGCCCCCCAGCUGGCUUGGGUGCCUGGCACACAGCGAUGGGAGCCCAGGAAGGGGGAAUGAAUCAUGAAUCAAGCA